AUGACUGACUUGUCACUCCCUCGUCCCGGCCCUGUCGCCAUCAGCCUCCUAGCCCUCGUCUCCGUCUGGGCAGUAGUCUCCUCCUACAAGCACAAGAACGACAUGCACAAGCAUCUCGCAGCAUCUGAGCGCCGCCACAUCGCUGAGAAGCAGGCCCUUUCCGUCAAGCUGCUCACCGAAAAGCACGAGCUCGAGCUCAAGGUGCUCAGCGUCACCCACGACCUGGACCAGACCAAGGUAGACUUAGCAUUCGAGAAGUCCCGUCGCGAGAUCCAGGAGAAGGAGAACGCCGCGCACGAGGCCUUGCAUCGAUCGGCCGUACAGACGGUGGAGAUGCAAGAGGAACAGAUCAACAACCACGAAGCCUUCCGUCAGUCUGCUAAACAGUUGGUGGAGAUUCAGACUGCCAAGGUCCGUAAGCACGAAGCCACGCUUGAGGCUGCCAAGGACUUGAUGGAGGCGCAUCAGCGGCGGAUUCGCGAUCUUGAGGGUGAGGUUGCUCGUCUGCGCGAGGGGAACGAGGUGACGCCGCCGCCAGCGUAUCACACUUAG